AUGAAAGAAGCAAUCCAUCGCCCCCUCCCUCACAACAUCUCCCUAGCCCCCAUCCUAACCGCAAAGGAAGGCGAGCUGAUCGUCAAGAUCGUCGUGGCGGGCGCGAAUCGCAUUGAUUGGAAGGGGGCUGAUGAGGAGGUUGCGAAGGCGAUGUAUGGGUUGUUGAAGAACCCGUUGCAUAGGAAUGCGGAGAUGGAUUUCGCGGAGGAUGUUCAUGGUAUGUCUCCUCUUCUAUGAUGUGGGAAGUGAGAAAGGGGGGGUUUGGAAGAGGGUACUGAUGGAUGGAUAUUUGUAGAGGUGGGACCACAGGUUUAUGGGUUCAGUGUUGGAGAUCGGGUUGUGGCUCUUAAUCAUAGGGGGUAUGCAGAGUACGGCGUGGGACCCGCUCAUAUACCUGAUGGUAUUUCUUUUUCUUUUGAAGGUAUGUAUGUAUUUCCCGUGCUCCCCUUCCCCAAACAUAAUACAAAAAAAGGAAUAGAGAACUGACAACAAAAACAGAAGCAGCAACAACAGGCUGGGCAUAUAUAACCGCGGCCCUAGGAUUAUACAAACACCUUCGUCUCCCUCCCCUCCCCAUCAGCAUCCUCAACCCAUCCUACCUCUCAAUCUACGGCGCUACCUCCGCCACAGCUCUCUACGCGGUGAAAAUCGCGUCUCUGUAUAACAUCCACCCCACCAUCGCAAUCGCAAGGGCCUCAGGUCCAGAACCAAUAUCUGCGAGCGGAGAAGGGAGACAUACUAUUAACUUACCGCGCCGGAAUAGAGAAGUUACAACAGCAGGUGAGGGAGUCAUUAAGAGGAAAGGAGUUAAG